AUGGAAGACAAGACAUGGGGAUGUUCAUCAAGUGAAGAUAGUGAUGAUGAGGUCUAUUUGCAGAAUGCAAGUGAUGAAGAGGAGCUUGGCUUUUCAUCUGGUUCCAUGCCCAAGUUGCAGUUCAGGAGCGUGAAAUCCAAAAGCUGUUGGAAUGAAGAAAUGGGAAUGGGAGAAGUCAUUGAGAAAAAUGGCAAAUUGUGGAUAACAACUGGAAUAGUUCGUAGUGGCAAGAUUUAUUCUUCAAUCGAGGAGACUGUGUAUCUUACGGAACUUGGAGCUUUAGACCUAUUAGAAAAUAGUGGUAGAAGGAUAUCUCUGACAGAAAUGUAUGAAAAGGUUGCUGGCGGGAAGAGUGGAUGUUGUUGGGAGUUGUUUGAGGUUUACAGGCACCUCAAGUCUCUCGGUUACAUAAUUGUGCGGCAUGGUGUUCUUUGGAGUUUGAAGAGUAUUAAAAGUUCCCAUAGACCUGCUGCUCUUGAAAUCACAGAAAAAAGCAAUGGACUAGCAGAUAUGGGUUCCAAAUCUGAGCUUGCCAUGGAUAAGUUAUUUUCUGAUUUGCAGAUUAAUGAGUUGAUGCCAGAUUUUGAUGUUUAUCUUCCAAAUAGCCGGUUUAGAAAGUCUUCCCCUGGUGAUCCAAGUUUUCUACUAUACUUAUCUAGGGGUCAUCCACCAUGUAAAGUAGAGAUUGAAGCUCUUGAGAAACAAUGUGGUGGCAUUCCUUUGAAAAUCUGCCAGGUCACAGAGGGAAGGGUCAGUUUCUUUUCCUAUGACAAGGUGGAACUUCCUGUUCUACCCUGA